AUGUCAAUACCGCUUUCGAGACACCUCGGUCGUGAGCUGUUGAAGGCUGCGAGACGGCCACCGACGACCUUCCAAUGCAUACAUCGCCCCCAGACACGACAGCUGAGUAGCUCCUCUGCCAGACCCGUCAACUUGCGAACCGCAUUCCGAGAGGCCGCUUCGAAGCCCGCUUCGAAGCCCGCCUCCAAGACACACCCUAGCCCAAGGGGUCGCAUGCGGCCUCUCCCGAUACUAGCCGCUGGCACUGGGCUGCUCACUGUUCUGUUCACAGUCCUGCGACCCGUCUCGCAUGAGCCGCUCCAGGUACCCGCCGAAACGACGAUACCACCGGCCGAACAAGCCCCGGACGACGACGGUGGCGACGGUCUGCCCCGCUACCGACUAUCGCAAGUGAAGGAGCAUGGGCCGAAGUCGGAGAGGCCCUGGGUGAUACAUGAGGACAAGGUCUACGACAUCACCGACUGGGCGCCUGCUCAUCCAGGGGGGGAAGUUAUCCUCCGCGCAGCCGGUGGCAGCAUCGAACCGUACUGGGACAUCUUCGCCAUUCACAAGUCGCAGUAUGUCCGGGACAUCCUUGAGCAGUACGUCGUGGGCAAGCUUCAUCCCGACGAUCUCGCCAAUGGACGGCCGCUGCUGGACAGCAUCGAAGAUCCCUUUGUCUCUGAUCCAGUGAGGGAUGCGAGACUGCGCAAGAUGACGGAGAAGCCGUGCAAUGCAGAGACACCCGCCGACGAGCUUGCCGAAUCCUUCCUCACGCCGAACGAGGUCUUUUACGUACGCAACCACAUGUGGGUGCCGGUCGUGGAGGAAGUCGAGGCGGACAAGCACGGCAUCAACAUCGAGCUUCCGGAUGGUGAUGUGAGGACUUACAGCAUUGGGGAGUUGAAGGCCCGCUUCAAGCAGCACACCGUAACGGCCGUUCUCCAGUGCUCCGGCAACCGUCGCAACGAUAUGACGCGUCUCGCGAAGCAGACGAAUGGUCUUCAAUGGACCGUGGGCGCUAUUAGUUGUGCAAAGUGGGAAGGCGUACGUCUUCGGGACGUGCUCGCUGAUGCUGGUCUGUCGCUCAGCGAUCCAGGAGAGGAUGCGCAGCACGUGCAAUUCUCGGGCCUCGAGGCCUAUGGCGCAAGCAUACCCAUCGAGUCUGCUAUCGACCCCAAGGGCGACGCGCUGCUCGCCUUCAAGAUGAAUGACGAGCUCCUGCCGCGCGACCAUGGCUUUCCUGUAAGGGUCAUCGUUCCGGGCCAUGUGGCCGCUAGAUGUGUCAAAUGGGUGAACAAGAUUGUGGUCAGCGAUGAGGAGAGCAACACGAGCUGGCAGCGCAAAGACUACAAAUGCUUUGGCCCCAACGAGACAUCGCAGGACUGGGACAAGUACAAGUCGAUCCAGGUGAUGCCCAUCACCAGCGCGAUUACACGGUCGAAGCUGAAACCCAUCGCAAAGGAUCAACUGGGCGUCAGGGCUGCCGGAGAUGUACCCAAAGACACAGCCAGCGGCCGGGUUGUGCAGCUCGAGGGAUAUGCCUACUCGGGUGGCGGACGAGAGAUCCAGCGCGUCGACAUCAGCCUGGAUGGCGGAGGAACCUGGGACCAAGCCCGACUGGUGGACGACGAGAAACUCGAACAGGGCAGCAAGGCGUGGUGCUGGAAGAGAUGGCGAUACGAGGGCACCUUGCCCACGGUUCCGGAUGACGACAAGGGCGAGGCCAAGACGACGUUUGUGGUCAAAGCCACGGACGACGCGUACAACACGCAGCCCGAGACCCACAAGAGCAUCUACAACCUGAGAGGCAACCUGGCGACAGCAUGGCACCGCGUCGAUUUCGACUGUGCCUCGAGUCCUGGCGACUGUGGACCCGCGGACGGCCAGAAGUAA